CUGCUGCCAUACGUGUUCAACUCCUGCGAUGGCGCCACGAAACCACUCGGUGUGGCUCUUCUCCGGGGCCAUGCUGAUGCUGCUGUCCGCGGCCGCCGCCGCGGCAGCCCAGGGCUGCGCGGCCGCCAGGUUCCAGGCGCCGGCGAGGUCGUUCCAGCGGUGCACGGAGCUGCCCGUGCUCGGCGCCACCCUGUCCUGGACGUACCACCCGGCGAACGGCACCGCGGACCUCGCGUUCCGGGCGCCGCAGGGCGCCGGCAGCUGGGUCGCCUGGGGCAUCAACACCGACCGCCCCGGCAGCAUGGUCGGCAGCAGCGUGUUCGUCGCCUCGCCCGGCGCCAGCGGCGGCUUGGCCGUCCUGAUGACCGUCCUCGAGAGCACGUCGCCCAGCCUGACCAACGGGACCCUCAAGUUCGACGUGCCCGUCGCGCCCGCCGCCGAGUACGCAGGCGGCGCGUACACGAUCUACGUGACGGUGGCGCUCCCGGGGAACAGCACGGUGCAGAACACGGUGUGGCAGGCCGGCCCGCUCAGUGGAGGGAGAAUAGCGGCGCACCCCAUGUCCGGGCCAAACCUGAAGAGCACCAUGAGGCUGGACUUCCUGUCCGGCGGCAGAAGCGCAGGCGCAGGGACCUCCAACUCCGUGGUGCACCGUCGUAACCUCAGGAAUUUCCAGGGAUGAAAAGGCCCACAUGCGACACUAGCGAAGAAAAUCUCAGCGCCAUCACUAAAUAGUAAAUUCAAAUCCACUUAAACUAUUGCUAGUGGUUGUUCACACUUUCCCAAGUUUGAGUCCCAAACUGAUUGUGGAGACAAUGUGGAUCAAAUGCUAA